CACACACACACACACACACAUACACACACACUCAUUCUGUGGAGUAGCAGCGCUCGGAGCAGGACGGAGGGGGAGAGGGACAACUGCACCUGUCCUACACACACACACUCGCUCUCUCUCCUACACACACACACACACACAGGCAGGUCUGAGGAGUCGUCCCUAUGUGUGGAUGGGAUCACAGCCACUCGGCGACCAGCUCGGCCAUGUUGACCAGUGAGGGAGCUCAGACCAUGGAGCAGGACCACGCGCACGCCGGAGCCAAGAUGGCGGCGGCCGCCGACGCAGACGCCGACGCAGACGGGGCCCCGCUGUCGGAGGCGGAGCCCGACGUGGAGGAGGCGGACCUGACGCGCUGGACGGAGGCGGAGUUUGAGGAGAAGUGCACCUACAUCGUCAAGGACACGGCCUGGGAGGCGGGGCCGGACGCCGACGUCGCCAUGACGACCACCACCCGGGCCGAGGCGUCGCUCCCCAGGAACCUGGUGUUCAAACAGCGGCCCGACAGCCAGGAGGUGGUCGGGGUGUGCAGCAGGGAGUACAUCCCCAAAGGAACUCGCUUCGGCCCGCUGGUGGGAGAGAUCUACACCGCCGACAGCGUUCCCAAAGACGCCAACCGCAAGUACUUCUGGAGGAUCUACGCCGACGGCGAGUUCCGGCACUUCGUGGACGGCCUGGACGAGAGCCGCUCCAACUGGAUGCGCUACGUGAACCCCGCCCACUCGGCGGCGGAGCAGAACCUGGCCGCCUGUCAGAACGGCAUGGAGGUCUACUUCUACACGGUGAAGGCGGUGCCGGCCGGCGCCGAGCUGCUCGUCUGGUACUGCCACGACUUCGCCCGCCGCCUCCACUACCCGCCGUCCGGCGAGCUCAUGAUGCAGAGGCUCAAGCAGUCUCUCCUGGAGGUCAAGCAGCAGCAGGUGAGCUCUGACGAGUGUUUGGUCAACGCCUCCAGCCCGCCGCCGGCCACGCCCACGGCCCCGGCCAGGCGGGAGCACAGCGUCCUGUCCAUCCUCCGGGGCUCCAGCAGCUCCUCGUCCUCCUCGUCCUGCAGGAGCGUGCCCAGCCGGCCGCUCCCCACCCGCCCGCGCUGCCCCGACAGCCCCGAGCGCCCCCUGUACCCUCGCGCUCUCUACCCGGCUCUCCGGCCGCACCCGCACAUCCCCGAGGACUUCCUCGGCCAUUUCGGCUACCCGGCGGCGACCCGCUCGCCCGGCAACCAGUCGUCGGCGACGCCGAGCCCGUCGGCGCGGAGCAGCCCGGACAGCAGCCCUCAGGGCAGCCCGUCCGGCCCGGCCUCCUUCUACCCGCCCGGGCUGGGCUCCUACCCCGCCUACUCGCCGCCGGCGGCGCCGCUCUCCUCGCCCUUUUACCCGCCGGCAGCCCCGUACUCUCGCUACCUCCUGCCCCCCCACUACCCGCUGCCCGGCGGCGGCGUGCCCGCCGUGGGCAGCAUGUUCCCCCGGGUGUACCCGGUGUACGGCGGCCUCCUGCCCCUGCUGCACUCAGAGGCGGCCGGGCGGCGCUUUGUGCUGCCCGACCCCGCCCACCCCUCCUCGGUCUCCGCCCACAGGGACUUCCUGCUGCCCGCGCCCACCAGUGCCUUCUCCGCCGCCACCUCCCUGAAGGACAAAGCCAGGCCUCACCAUCACCCGUACGCCGGCCACGCCCACACUCACGCCCCCUCCAGCGGCUCCCCGACCGCCGGCACCGCGCCGCCCAGCGAGCGGCUGCCCACCAAGCCCACGCCCGCCCUGCUGGGCAGCGCCGGCAGCCAGCGGCCCGACGACGAGGCCAUCAACCUGAGCAAGGUGAAGCGCGGCGGCGGCGGCGGCUCGGCGGGGUACAAGACGCUGCCGUACCCGCUCAAGAAGCAGAACGGCAAGAUCAAGUACGAGUGCAACAUCUGCAGCAAGACCUUCGGACAGCUGUCCAACCUGAAGGUUCACCUUCGUGUUCACAGCGGAGAGCGGCCGUUCAAAUGUCAGACCUGCAACAAAGGCUUCACCCAGCUGGCUCACCUGCAGAAACACUACCUGGUCCACACCGGGGAGAAGCCGCACGAGUGCCAGGUGUGUCACAAGCGCUUCAGCAGCACCAGCAACCUGAAGACUCACCUGCGGCUGCACUCCGGGGAGAAGCCCUACCAGUGCAAGCUCUGCCCGGCCAAGUUCACGCAGUUCGUCCACCUCAAGCUGCACAAGCGGCUGCACUCCCGCGAGCGCCCGCACAAGUGCCCCCACUGCCACCGCCUCUACAUCCACCUGUGCAGCCUGCGGCUCCACCUGAAGGGCUACUGCCCGGCCGCCGCCGCGGGCCCGGCCGGCCUGGACGAGCUGCACCGCGCCAACGAGGAGAUCGAGCGCUUCGACAUGAGCGAGCACGCCGAGCGGCUGGACCAGCUGCAGGGCGGCGUGGAGGUCGAGGCCAUGCUGGAGAAGCAGGUGCUGGGCAUGCUGUGGCGGGAGAUCGACCUGAAGCGCUCGCCGUUCCGCCCGCGCCACAAGGGCGGCGCCGCCGAGCUGCCGCCGGCCGGCUACGGCGGCGUCUACGAGCCGUCCAACGAGACGUCGGUGAUCAAGAUGCGGCGCAGCAGCCCCGUGCCGCCGCUCCCCGCCAACGUCACGGUCAAGCAGGAGUCCGAGGAGCACGCCUAGGCGACCUCUGACCCCGAAGGACACGGAGCCGGCCCGCGCGGCUCAGAGACCUGGGUUGCCGGGAGCGACAGGUGUAAAUAAAUAACUCUUUUUGGUGGAGUGAUGUCACGACCACACCGGGUUUUCCGACCUAUCAGGGACUCGCGUACUCAGGGCUACAAGAGACACUGUCCCAAGACUACUUAGCGUUUUCGUCGUUUGCUUUCCUUAGAGACAAUCAUCUACCGUGGAUUUACCUUUAAUGUAAUUAAUAUAAUGCUAUUAUCAUUAUUGUUGUUAUUAUUAUUUGGUCUGUUUUUUUCAAAUGUCUUUGUUUUAUGAUCAGUUAGUUGUUAUUAUAUAACCUCCUUAAUUUAUUAUACUGUUUUUUGUUGUUUUUGUUGUUGUCGUCUUCACGAGCAAUAAGUGGAAGGGAUGGUUACAGCGAUCGGGUAAAUUCUUUGUAAAUGUUUUCCUGUUAUUAUUAUUUGUUCCUCUGUGGCCAUUUCUGUGUAGAUACUUCUCUCUGUAUGCCUGUAUCCGUCCUGCGAGGCUUGACCUCUGACCUCUGACCCACACAAACAGGGGUGUCCACUAUUCAGGGUUUUGUCUAUUUAAAUUUAAGAAAAAAAAACAAAAAAAAAAAACAACGAUACAGCAGGUAAAAAAAAAAAGGGUUGAAGAGCUGUGUGACGUCGUUUUGCCAAAGGCGGGCACAUCAAUGAAUUCAGACACGAGAGCUUUAUUUGACCUUCGACCCUGCCACACCGCUUCCCUAACGUCCAUGCCCUUUUUUAAAACCUACUUAAUUUAAAUUAAAUGAAAAAGGGCAUUUUUUUGUAUUUUUUUUUUUUGACAACGGUUACCUCAGUGUGUGUGUGUGUGUGUGUGUGACUGAGUUGUGCGUGAAUGUGAGCGUGUGUGUGUUUUCAAAGGGACAGCUGAAGGUGGGAGCUUCCUAUUUAUUUGCUUUUUUUGCUACUUGAAGAAGAAGAAGAAACCAAAACUGAACUGGAGUGCAGCUCUUCACGCGGUCCAAAGGAGCGGCGGCGGCUCCGCCCGCUCAACAUGUAGCACAUAACGAACUUCUUUUUUUUUUCUUUCUUUCUUUCUUUCUUUUUUUUUUUCCAAAACACUGUCAGCACCCAAAUAUAUUUUGUAAAAAAAAAAAAUUAUGAUGUGAACCUCCUCAGAUUUGGGGAUUCACAUGGAGGCUAGAAACCAAAGUACACUCGGCUUUAAAUUCAAACACAAACCAAAAAAAGAAAAAAAAAAAAAAAAGAAAAGAAAAAAGAAAAAAGAAAUGAAAAGCAAUUUGAAGAAGGACUUGAAAGGAAUUGAAACGGCGAAGAAGAGAAGAUGUAACGUGUGUGUAUAUGAUGAUGAAGUGUUCGCUCUUUAGCUGUGGUCUCGUUUUCUAGAUGUUAUUUUUAUUUUUGGUUUUCUUUUCAGUUAAGGAAUAAUCCCUUCCCCCCCUUCCAUACACACACACACACACACACACACACACACUCACAGACAGAAACAAACCCCUGGCACACACCAAAGCACCUCGGCCUUCUGAUGCACUGCCCCCCCCCCCUCGUCCAGCGCCGAUGCUCGCACCGCGUCACUGUGCACCAACACCACUGAACCCGGUUGGCAUUAAGACCUUGAACUUGACGUUUUCUGUCUGAUUGACCAAAGCUUCUCUCUCUCUGUGUGUGUGUCCUCGGUCCGAGCUUUAAGAGGAGACCCCCCCCCCCUCCCCUCCCUAAAGGACUCUGUCUCUGUUUACAUUCUGGUUUACAUUGUUAUUUAUGUGCAAAAAUGUCAAAAUGUAAAUUAUGAUAUAAAUGUUC